AUGUACAAUGAUAGACAUGAAAACAUGGACCGGAUUAUUGAUGUCAAGCAGAAAACUUGCAAGGGUUUCAACGAAUCUCAUGUGGAGAAGUUAGCCCAAUUGGACAACUCCAAAGUUGAAACCAACCAGAAUGGCAACGAAUGGCUUGACAAGUUCCCUGUAACGCAGCACACUGAAGCUUUGGAUAUUGAGGAAGGUCAGAUAAUAACCGAAGCAAUAAAUGUGAACCCAGUGAAAAAGAUAUGUGCAUCUGCUGAUGUGGGACAAAUCAGUGAUGUAAAGAAGUUGAAUGGUGAAAAAGCAAAAAAUGGAUAUGCGGUUGUUGAGAAAAAUAACCCUCGGAUUCUUGAGGUGAUAGCAAAGAUGGAAAAACGAAGAGAACGGUUUAAGGAGCCCAUUACUCUAAGAAAUGACGCAGACAGGGUUGUCAACCCUCCAGUUGAUUCAGUUGUGGAAACAGCUCAGAAUAAGCAACAACAAAGGCCAAUGCGGAAGAGGAGAUGGGGUGGAAGUUAG